AUGGCAGAUUGGAGCGCUGGCUUAGUUCCCCAUGUUGUUCCUGAAAGGCCUUGUCCUUGCAAACAAUGGUCAAAGGUCCCAGCCGGGCCAGAUCGUCUAAACUUACUUAUGAAGAUGUGGGUGGACGGGCUUCCGGGGGAAAGUCGGGAAGCGUUGCGGGAGUUUGUGCUAGACCCUGGAACAUCUGACAACAUGUCGCUGGGCACGUUUUGCUCUGGAACUGACUGCGCAGUGCAAGUCUUUCAGUCUUUCUUGGCAGCUUGUGCAGCUUCGUUUGAGAUCCCUGUUGCCGACAUGCCUCGUUUCCAACAUUUGUUCAGUUGCGAGAAGGACCAAAAGAAGGGAGAGUUUUUGCGAAGGUUUUGCAACAUGGGCCGCCUUCACCCAGAUGCUUUGGAGCCUGUCGGGGAACAUGCAGCUGUUGUGUCAGCAGGGUUCCCAUGUGACGACGCUUGUGCUCUCCACCCUCACUCGUCAUCAGACAAACACCGGACAUGCGGCUCUUUGCGCACAGGGGCCGUCUUUCGAUCCAUUGCAAAGUACUUGGCAGAGAACGACAAGGUCAGCUUCUUCCAGUUUGAGAACGUUGUGGCUCUUGCCAACAAGCCCUCUAAGCAGAAUCAGAAAGUUGCGGGGCCCAGCAACCUAUCUGCUGUUUGCUACGUGUUGGACAAGCAAUGUGAUAUGUGGAGCCAUGUCUGGCAAGUGGAUUCCAGAGACUUCGGAAGUGGGCAGCAAAGGCAAAGACUUUACGGAUCAUGCUUCAAGAAGAACAUGUUGUCCAUGACUUUGACGAAGGCUCAUGCAAUCUGUUCGGAGACCAUGAAACUCCUGGUUGGGGUUGAGCCUUGCCAUCCUACCGAGUACUUGCUCCCAGAGACCUCUGGAGUUCUUCAAGCUGAGCAGUCCUUACAACUCAUGCGUUCACUUCCAGCAGAAGCUUUUCUACUUGGAGACAGCAAAGAACCAAGUUCAUCGGCGACAUGGUCCAUCGCACAGCUUUUUCAAUCUCAUGGCACUUUGCCAUGUGCAUUGAAUGUGGCCAACAAGCGUCGGAAAUUGACCAAGCAGACCAGUGACCCUGCAUCACCAAAGUCUAGAUGGGUACAAGUUCAUGCCGAUGCCUUCCGCCAACGCGGGGAGGAAUCUUUGGAUGGCUUGAGAUUCUAA